AUGGAGAAAGGCCUCACGCUUAGUCGAAGUGGACCAGAUGCAAGCCAACCAUAUCGUGAGCUACUGGGAUCACUGAUGUACAUAAUGCUAAGUGUGCGACCUGAAAUUUGUUACCCUGUCGGAUAUUUGGGGCAUUUCCAGCAACAACCGACCACUGAACAUUGGCAAGCCCUGAAACGAGCUGUUCGAUACUUGCAAGGUACGAUAAAAACGAAGCUGAAUUUCAAGCGAGACCCAACAAGCAAACCUUUGGUUGGAUACGUUGAGGCCGAUUGGGCGUCCGACACAGAAGAUCGGAAAUCAGUGAGUGGCUAUCUGUUUAAAGUAUUUGGAUCCUCGGUAAUCUGGUGCAGCAAGAAGCAGACCACUGUUACAACUUCGUCCAGUGAAGCGGAGUUCAUCGCGCUCAGUGCAGCAGUUCCCGAAUCUCUCUGGCUGAAAGAAAUAAUUGAAGAUCUACAAGAUACGAACAUACACAUCACUACGUAUGAGGACAACCGAAGUUGUAUUUGUAUGGCAUAG